UUACUGAACGCACGCACACGCGCACAUUCAUUUUCCAUACACACUUCUCUCUCUCUCUCUCUCUCUCUCUCUCUCUCUCUCUCUCUCCUCCACACUUCCCAUUUUCCACUGUUUACUUCUUCACCUCAACGAUUCCUCUGCUAAGUCUCGUCUCGAGCUAUUACCAAGGACUUGUCUUAAAAGAGCUUUUUUUUUGCCAUUCUUAGGUAAGCGAUGGUAGCUGAAUCAUGGUUUCGAAGUCUAUGGAAGACUCAACGUAAGGAUGAUUCUAAUUCUGAGAAAGCAGAGAUUGGAGUGUUAGCAUUUGAAGCUGCGAAAUCGAUGUCCAAGCUUGUCAAUGUGUGGCAGUCUUUGAGUGAUAAACAGGUUGCCAAGUUGCGAGAUGAGAUUUCAAAUUCGGUCGGUAUCAAGAAGCUUGUUUCCGACGAUGAAAAUUUUAUUGUACGUUUAAUCAGUCAAGAGAUGCUUGAGAGUAUGGCACAUGUGGCCGAAUCUGUGGCUAGGCUUGCGAAGAAAUGCAGUGAUCCAAGACUGAAGAAUUUUGAGAAGGCCUUCGAUAUGUUCAUUACCCGUGGUUUUGAUUCGUAUGGGUGGGUAAUGUCUUUUAAGAAAAUGGAUAAAAAGGUCAAAAGGAUGGAAAAGUUUGUAUCGAUUAACGCGAGCUUGUACCAAGAGAUGGAAAUGCUCGCUGAUCUUGAGCAAACUCUUAAGAGAAUGAAGGUUUACAGUGAGUCGGAUGGGCCGAAUUUGAUCGAGUAUCAGAAGCAGGUUGCAUGGAAGAAGCUGGAGGUGAAGAACUUACAGUCUAAUUCUGUGUGGAACAGGACAUAUGAUUACACUGUUCAAUUUUUAGCACGAUCUUUAUUUACAAUACUUGGUAGGAUUAACAAAGUUUUUGGAAUUGAAGAGGUAAUAAAUGUUGGUAAAACCACGAAUCGUAGUGUUCCCAAUUCUGAUCACAUUCGCGGCAGUCAGGCGGUCUCAGAGUUAUUGCAAUCUUCAGUCCAUCCAUCCCAAAAUAAUGUUACCAGAUUUGCUUCAGGACCCCUUGGUCCUUCUACUGCUAAAUCAGAUCAAAAUGUUAGAGCAAAUAAAACUAGCAUUCUUCACUCGGUUGGCGACUCUUCGACGAAGUCAGGCCCGAUUUCGGGAAAAUAUAGAGGCAUCAAUUUUUUCUCAGGACCUCUCGGAAGAAGUUCAAAAAAACCUGUCCCGGAUAAUGUAACAGGUAAAAACAACAAGUUUUGGAAGUUUAAUUAUGGCCACUCAACAACCACAAGUGGGAAGGAAAAUAACACAAGACAUAGUCGAGUGACUCAAGUAGGACCUUUCAAAGGCUGUAUUGCUGCAGAUAGUUCCUCAGUCAUCGACUGUCACUCAAACUCUAAUGAUAUUCCCUUGGAAACUCAGAAUCACAAAGAUGCUGAUUUAGACCUUCAUACUCCUGGAAAUGUAACUCAUUGUACUAAACCGACAUUCAGUUCUCUUUGCAAGUUAAAGCCUCCAUCUGAAUCCCUCGGUGCCGCUUCUUUAGCCCUGCACUACGCAAAUGUUAUUGUCGUGAUUGAGAAGCUAUCAGCCUCUCCACACUUGAUUGGUCUCGAUGCAAGGGAUGAUCUAUACAACAUGCUACCGAGGCGUGUAAGAGCUUCUCUCAGGACCAGGCUUAAGCCGUAUUCCAUGGCUGCGGCUGUUUACGAUGCAAGUCUAGCAGAAGAAUGGAGCGAAGCAAUGACAAAAAUAUUAGAAUGGUUAGCUCCACUUGCACACAACAUGUUAAGAUGGCAAUCUGAGAGAAGUUACGAGCAGCUGAGCUUUGUUUCGCGAACAAACGUGUUGUUGGUACAAACUCUUUACUUUGCGAGUCAAGAAAAAACAGAAGCAAUAAUCACCGAGCUUCUUGUCGGUCUGAAUUAUGUGUGGAGAUAUGUUAAGGAGCUCAAUACAGGUAUCUUAGAGAUUGGCAAUAGUGUAGUUGAUAAUGGAUAUUCUCUGCUGAAUGCUUAAAGAAAUUUUCAUUAAUCUCAUGGCAGCUUUCAACAUACACUAUGAUAGAAUUUGUGUUAGAAUGUAUUAAUGAUGAGGAAUGUUAUUAUGUUUUAAAUAUUUAGCAUUAUUUUUUCUUUGAGGAGAUCUUAGCUGAUUUAACAUGAUCACUGGUCUCAUCUUUGAAAGGUUGUCCUAUGGUUCCUACCUGCUGUUGAGAGUGUGCAUAUAUGUUAAUUAAUUGUAUAGCUUUUAUUACCAUAAUGGUUAUUUCUAUUUCUAUUUCUAUAUGAUAUUCGAGUGGUUGUUCAUGAAAAUUUGGAAAUGCCAGUUUGCAAAUAUUAGCUCCAA